AUGACUAAAGAACCACAUCUGUUCUGUGUGUGGGUUUUCUGGCUCAGUCUCAAAUGCUCUGUCAUUAAAGGAAAUGAAGAUUAUUGUAGAACGUUAGAGUUCUUCCCACCUAUCAAUGGUUACGCCCUUGAAAACCACGUGAUCAAAAAUAUAUCUGUAGAGCGAGACGAUACUUGUCAAAUCGCCUGUUACCUCAAGAAUGACUGUCUCUCUUACAAUGUCGGUCGCCUUAAAGACGGAAGCUUCAUCUGUGAACUGAGUGAUUCAGACAGCAACCAAUAUCCUCAGGAUCUACAGAGGCGCCAAGGAUUUAUUUUUCAAGGAACCAAGAUUGCAUGUUCUACUAACUCGUGUACUUUAUAUGACGAAUGUGCGAUUGAUACAGAUAACAAGAACAUGUGUGGAUCUUGUGGAAAAGAUGGCGUAUCAGACUCUUUUUUUUUAGAACAGUGGACGAAGAUCAGCAAUGAUGCUGUGUGUUUUGGAGCUCGUGGCGACGCAUAUGGAACUUUCAAAAUUAAAAAGAGUGGACACAUACAAACGUUCAAGCUUGUUCACAAGAACGGGUCGUUAAGAUGUAACCCAAGGGAUCCACCAUCCUUCUGGGGAUGCACUCAUUCCAACUAUAGAGAUAGGAGACUGUUGACAGUCAUAACUCACGACAACCAACCUAUUCCCUCACUUGCAGACUACUUUAAACGCGGAAACGUCGAUGGUUGCAGGUAUUAUUCUUAUCGCCUGGAUAAUAUUGAUGUCAACUCAACUGAACUGACAUUUAACAAGCUUUCCAUUCCACUUUCUGUAUCCACUGGUCAGGAGUUUCGCAUAUGGUAUCUACAGGACUGGAAAAAAUGUUAUGAGGAUGACAACAGUGGUCAGACUUGCGCAGACGUCUAUGCGUGGUACACUCAAAACUAAACCAUUGACUCAAAGAUACCGAGCUUGAUCUUCAAACAUUCUGAUACAUAUCAAUUAACCAAUUGACGAACAGGAUCAUUGUUUUUCUUUUCUGGAAGAUAUCUUUACCCAGCACCGUUUAAAGCCGAUUUGAUAAUGAGAAGUUCCGCUGUUAUAAGUCUCUUUUCCCUGUUUGGUAUAGCACGCUUUA